AACAUCAAGAAAGCAUGGCUCACCUGGGUGAACGUAAAUGGACUCACAUGUUCCCUUUUCUGGUGGUCUCCCUGGUGUACUCUGUCAGUGCUGAAUACUCCAACUGUGGCGAGAAUGAAUACUACAACCAGACCACAGGCAUGUGCCAUGACUGCCCCAAGUGCGAGCCAGGCGAAGAGCCUUACAUGACUUGUGGAUACGGCACCAAAGAUGAGGACUAUGGCUGCAUUCCUUGUCCUUCAGAGAAAUUUUCCAGAGGAGGUUACCAGAUAUGCAGGCGGCACAAAGACUGCGAGGGUUUUUUCCGAGCCACAGUCAUGACACCUGGAGAUCAGGAGAAUGAUGCAGAGUGUGGCCCUUGUCUCCCAGGUUACUACAUGCUGGAAAACAGACCUCGCAAUAUAUACGGGAUGGUGUGUUACUCGUGCCUGUUGGCGCCUCCUAACACCAAAGAAUGCACAGGGGCAACCUCUGGCAUUUCAUCCAUUUUUCCAAGUACCUCUGGCACAAGCACUUUCUCUCCAUACCAGCAUGCUCAUAAAGAUCUUUCAGGACAAGGACAUCUGGCUACAGCUCUUAUAAUUGCAAUGUCUACCAUCUUCAUAAUGGCUAUUGCCAUUGUUCUUAUCAUCAUGUUCUACAUUGUGAAAACAAAACCUUCUGCUCAAGCCUGCUGCAAGAGCCACUCAGUAAAAAAUGUUGAAGCUCAGGCUAACACACAAGAAGAGAAGAAAGAAGUGCAAGAUAAUGUUGUGAUAUUCUCUGAGAAAGAAGAGUUUGAAAAACUUACAGCAGCUCCAGCUAAGGCUGUUAAAAGUGAAAAUGAUGCGUCUUCUGAGAACGAACGACUUCUAAGCCGUAGUAUGGAUAGUGAUGAAGAAGCUGCGGUUGACAAGCAAGGGACUCCAGAGAGAUGCUUGUUAUCUUUAGUGCAUUUGGCCAGAGAUAAAUCUUCUACAAGCAAUAAAUCAUCUGGGAUUCAGAGUCGAAGGAAAAAGAUACUUGACGUGUAUGCUAACGUGUGUGAUGUUGCAGAAGGUCUGAGCCCUACAGAGCUGCCAUUUGACUGCCUGGAGAAGACCAGCCGAAUGCUCAGCUCGACCUACAACACAGAAAAAGCUAUCGUGAAAACGUGGCGCCACCUUGCCGAGAGCUUUGGACUGAAGAGAGAUGAGAUAGGUGGUAUGACAGAUGGCAUGCAGCUAUUUGAUCGCAUCAGUACAGCAGGUUACAGCAUCCCAGAACUGCUAACCAAACUGGUGCAAAUCGAGCGGUUGGAUGCUGUUGAAUCCUUGUGUGCAGAUAUUCUGGAAUGGGCACAAGCAAUGCCUGCUCCUGAACCAGCAGGGACAUCUUGA